AUGGCAGCUGCGGAUGAUGACAUCUCACGUGGCCUCCCUGCCGAUAUUGGCGAUGGUGAUCUAUAUCUGCCGAUGAGUCUCGGCGCCAAUCUUAUCCCCCACCGUCUCGCACGUCUACAGCUUCGCGAACUAACUAGUGCUAAAGAGGAUGCUGCCAGUGCUGUGAUGGAGAAAUUAGGAGCGAUCCUCGUCGCCAAGAUCACGGAUGUUGUCGACUCGGACGCAGCUGAAAGCUAA